UAAUAGUUUAGGGGUCAAACGGAAAGAGGUUAGCGCCCAAAUCAGGCGUGUAACGGCGGCAGGUUUUUCAUCGUUACUUUCUUCAUUUUGGCGCUUGAAAGACGUUCAUGUCGCAAAAAGGACGACAAAAAAAAAAAAAAUCCGAAACCCCAAAAAUUCAAAUACUCUCUCGGCACUCUGCAACUCUCUCAGUUUUCUGUCCAACAAUGGCGUUGGACGACGACGACUGGGAUUUGAGCGCCGAAGAAUUCGACUCUCUGGAAAGAGACGCGUUCCAGAAACUCGCUCAGCAACGCGUCAACUCCGCUUCCACGUGUUCUUCUUCUUCCUCUUCGUAUCCUUCAUAUGAUCUCCUCCAGGUGCCCCAAUCUUUUCCCAACAAUUACAACAGCAACUGUAGUUUCCAGAGUUCCCCUGCGAAACCCAUUUCGAAUUCUCUUCCGAACAAGGUAGCACCUUUGUCUGCCGGGACUAGAGUAUUACCUCCAUCAGUCCCAUGUAAAGUAAACCUUGUGGUCUUAAAAGGAGUUAUCACUUUGAAUGUCGAAAACGAAUCAGGAAUUAAAUGUCCCAUCUUGACAAUGGCCAAUGGUGAACGUCUAAAGGAGCUACCUAAGAUCACUGUUAAAUUUUUUCUUCAUGCUAGUGGAAACAUUGCCGCAAAAUUUCCUUAUGACCAGGCAGUAGUAGGUGCUGUUCGCAAGAUCCCCAAAGCCACAUGGUACGGUAAAGGAAGGUUAUGGAUGUUCCCUAUACCUUCUUUGUCUUCUGCUGAGAAAGUUCUUCAUGAGACAUCUGGUGUUAACGUUGAGGUAGAGAACUUAGAUCCCUUAGUUCACCGCGCUAUUGCUGCUACCUCUGUUGUUCCAGACCUUCGAGACCAAUAUGAUAGGAUACCUAGUUGUAUUGAAUCAAGGCUCUUGCAAUUUCAGCGAGAAGGUGUUAGGUUUAUCUUGCAGCAUGGGGGGCGUGCUCUCCUUGCAGAUGAAAUGGGAUUGGGAAAGACUUUACAGGCUAUUGCUGUUGCAUCUUGUGUUCGUGACUCUUGGCCUGUUCUUGUAAUCACACCAUCUUCCUUGCGUUUACAAUGGGCCUCUAUGAUUCAACCAUGGAUGAACAUCCCUUCAUCAGAUAUACUUGUUGUUUUGUCUCAAUGCAGUGGUUCAAACAAAAGCGGGUUUACAAUUGUAUCCUCAAACGCCAAAGGGACCAUUCAUCUUGAUGGCCUAUUUAACAUCAUCUCCUAUGAUGUAGUCCCUAAAAUUCAGAAUCUACUGAUGGCAUCUGAGUUUAAGGUUGUGAUUGCAGAUGAGUCACACUUUUUGAAAAAUGCUCAAGCAAAGAGGACAAGUGCCUCCCUUCCUGUCAUAAAGAGGGCUCAGUACGCAAUAUUGCUGAGUGGAACUCCUGCUUUGUCCCGACCGAUUGAACUAUUUAAGCAGGGAACAUUUGGAUUGUAUCAAGGUGCAUGUAACCAUGAAGAAUUGCAUAAUUUGAUGAAGGCAACAGUGAUGAUUCGCAGACUAAAAAAUGAUGUUCUUUCUGAGCUUCCUGUGAAGCGUAGGCAACAGGUCUUUUUGGAUUUGGCUGAAAAGGACAUGAAACAAAUCAAUGCUUUAUUCCGGGAGUUGGAAGUGGUAAAAGGGAAAAUUAAGGCCUGCCAAUCCAAAGAAGAGGUUGAUUCACUUAAGUUUACUGAGAAGAAUCUUAUUAAUAAGGUAUAUACUGAUUCUGCUGAGGCUAAGAUCCCAGCUGUUUUGGAUUACCUGGGAACUGUCGUUGAGGCAGGCUGCAAGUUUCUUGUAUUUGCACACCAUCAGUCCAUGAUUGAUUCGAUAUAUCAGUUUCUUCUGAAAAAGAAAGUGGGUUGCAUUCGAAUUGAUGGAAGUAUCCCUACCGUGGCGAGGCAAGCUUAUGUUACAGAAUUUCAAGAAAAAGAUUCUAUCAAGGCAGCAGUGCUCUCUAUCAAAGCUGGAGGCGUUGGGUUAACUUUGACAGCUGCAAGCACUGUUAUUUUCGCAGAACUGUCAUGGACUCCUGGCGACCUAAUUCAAGCUGAAGAUCGUGCUCAUAGAAUUGGCCAGGUGUCUUCAGUCAAUAUAUAUUACCUUCUAGCAAACGACACAGUUGAUGACAUUAUAUGGGAUGUUGUUCAGAGCAAGUUGGAAAAUCUCGGACAGAUGCUCGAUGGCCAUGAGAAUACCAUGGAAGUUGCAGCCAGCCAGCCACGAAGUAGCCCUGCAAAGCAAAAACUUGCAUUCAGCCAGCCGAGAAGCAGCCCUUCAAAGCAGAAAACAAUCGACUCUUACAUGAAGCGUUGUAACAGCAGGGAAGACCCCGAAAUCAACCCAAGUUCAAAAACCCAAAGCACUGAAUGAAGACUACCAAAUGGUGCGUUUAGAGCACAAUAUUGAAGCUAAACUAGUGAUGCGAAUGGUGAUCUUACCGUGUGAGGUUAAUGUAACCGUAUAGUUAUGUAGAUGUUGCCGGAGUUGCAUACAAGAUUGUUUCGACACGCAUGCAAUCCAUCGAGGUCCAUCGGAUCACCCCCCGCAAAUACUCUUCUAAAAAAUAGGAGCGUUUUUAUAGAAUACACCAGUGUACUCUCCA